AUGACCAACACUAAAACUCCUCCUUUCAAUCCGUAUUAUUCAACAAAGCUCAGUAAGCUGUGCCCAUCAGUAAAAUGGAACAUAUGGAAAAGUCUUACAAUCGGAAAAUAUCCAAUGCCAGAAGAACAGAAUGAAAAUAUUUUGGAACUAAUUGGUAGUAUUAAAUAUCUUGGAACUUCCAUAUCAAUGAUUGUAUCCAUUAAAUCAAAAUCCGUCUAA